AUGAAUGCAGAGAGAAGCCUGAGGGCGGCCACCAGCUUGAUUUUAGUAGCCAGAGCUAGGCACAUUUUCAAGACGCCAAAAACAAAGUACGCCUUUAUUACGUUUAGGCCUAUAAAAUACGUAUUUUUCAAAACAGUAAUAUUGUUACAGUUGAUAGCCGUAAAAGCGCCAUGCUCACGACUAGCGGAGGCUCUGAAGCAAGCCUAUUUUGAGGAGGAGAAAAGAUCGGGCGAAGAAAUGGCUGAUUAUUACAAGAACUUGACGAAAUAUACAGGACAAAAUAUGACCACGAUCACCGACGUCGAGUUUCUUUACAAUACUCUCGAGAUCGAAGAAAAACACGGGUUAAAACUUCCGAACUGGACUCAGAAAUUUUACAACAACGAGAUGCGCGAAAUAGCCGCUCGCAGUUUGGCGCUUUUCACUGACAACGAUAUUCAGAAACGUCUUCAAGGAGGUCCGUUAGUAAAAGAAAUUCUACAACAUAUGGAAGAGACUAUAAUUCAGCCGCAAUCAAGACGUGCUUACUUCUAUUCCGCUCAUGACAUAACUAUCGUUAAUACGAUGAGAACGAUGGGAUUUACGAGUAAGCGUCUCAAACCGGAUUACGGGGCGACGUUCAUUCUCGAAUUGCAUCUCGCCGAUAACGGGGAUCAGGAAGUGAAGAUGCUAUAUCUGAACAAUUCGGAAACGAAAAUUGCGUCACCUCUGGAAAUACCUAACUGCGCGAGUCCUUGUUUAUUGCAAAAUCUGAAGAAUAUCUGGAGUAAAAUAAUUCCGGAAAACUGGGAUGCGGAAUGCAAAAUGUGACAAACUGUAUAGUUCCGUGUGCGUCCAAAACUUUUCACAUAUCAAAUAUGCAUAUUUGAUAAUAUCUCGUCAUGACAAAGACGCAAGGCUUAUUUUCAGCACUCCCGGCAAUGAUUUAGACGCAAAACUCGCAUUUAACGAGCCAAAAUGAUAGGAACGAGAAAAUUCGCGAAAUAUUUUACACUUCCGUAACCGUUUUUCAGCAGAACAGAAACUUUUGAUACAACUCCAAUAUAACAAACUGUAAGCGAGCAAAUAAAGUCUACGAAAUUAUUAGA